AUGGUCGUCAUUGACGAGCUCCCGGGUAUAAAAGUUACGGUCCAAGUCAGCGGACAGGAUGCCGUUGAGUACGACGACCUGGAUGGCUUAGAGAACGACGUGAACCGCAAGCAUGCCACACACCGGACCUUCAAUUACGUCGAGUCCAAGGACGAUGCCUACUUCUCCCUCAGGUACGAAGUUGACAACAGACACCGGUGGGAGAGCCCGGACCGCGCCUUCUCAUUCGUAUUGUACAUCGACGGCAAGCGCAUGGACGGCGUCGUUUGCGAGGCGACUCGCUUCCACCAAGUAGAUCCGUUUUACAAAUGGAGCACCGUUGCCGAGGGCUCUCGAGAACGUAUAAGUGUCUCCCGCUGUGAACGUCUGAGCAAAUUCAAGUUCUCCAAAGUCACCACGAUUGAUGAUGCUACCAAGGAGCGCGUUGAAGGAGACUCGAAGAAAUCAAAGUCCCUUGGCGUCAUCGAGGUCUUCAUAUACCCCAUGGUCAUCACAGGACUUCCGCACUACACGGAAUCUGGCCGCCCCGACACUAGGAAUACCGGCUUCGACAUCGCGGAAAAGGCGCUCAAAGGCCGUGCUGUCUCUCACGGCACCUCCUUCACUGAUGGUGGAGUGGUUGCCCAGAGAAUCUGUGUACGCGGAGAAUUUCUGAACGGCGGUGACCCGAUCGCGUGCUUCAUGUUCAAGUACCGCUCCAGGGGUACGAUACGCAGGCCCAGCUCUUCGCUCGACUCAACUUACGUUUUCCUAGAUGCACUACAAAAGGAGCUCAUCAUACCUCGGACUCCAAGCCCCGAGGCCAUUGACGAGCUUUCCGAAGCCGAAAUUCGACGGCUAGCUGCAGAGCGCCUGGACGAGCUCAACAAUGGACGUCGCUCAAACACCGUCAAGCGAGAGAGCAAAGGCCCUAUUAUCAAGCGCGAGUACGCCGAGGUCUACGAUCUCACCGAGGAGCCUACCAAACGCGAAUGGAAGAAGGUCAAGAUCGAUGCCAAUAGGGAGGCUAUUGACCUCACCGACGACUAG